GGGGGCGCGGAUGGCGCUUGUUUGUCCGCCUCCGUUCUGCCCCAGUUGCGCUUGGAGGGUUGGUAGUCGUCCCCCAUCUUCUGUAGCAACUUCCACUUUUUACUAGCCUUCCUGCUUUCCAAAUGAAAUGGGGAAUGACAUUUUUGUACCUAGGCCGUUUUAUAAGCUCGGUUUGGGGGGAGGUGAUCACGGGGAUAAUGCAGUGCUCUUAAGUUCUUGAGGGUCACAGCCCUCACACCUGUAAGCCAUGGAGGCUUUUUCUGAAAGACUGCACGUUCAAAAUCUUAACAAUUUCAGAGGUUCUCAGAUUCCUGGAGCUUGUCCUUGGGCCCUUGAUGUGUAAGAUCUGGUGUUGUGUUUUUUGUUUUGUUUUAAAGAAGAGAGACCUUUGAGCAUGCUAGGGAAGGUGAUUAAAGUCAAAGAUACUGACACGCUAAGUAUAUCAAAGCUCCUGAAGUCAUAAGCUAGCAGUUUUCAGCAGACACUGUGUUUUAAAAACUUUUGACUACAAAGUGCUGGAAGCUUAUUUUCUUAAGGACUUUCUGGAGCACACCUCCCCCACUCCCUUUUUGCCCACUUGGAAUGCAGUGAAAAGACAACAUGUUUUUUUGUUGUUGUUUGUUUUAGGGGUAGGGUUGGCUUUGGCCUGAAUUGAAGUUAUUAGUCUAUUGUGUACUGAGAGGGCUGAGUGCAUUCUCAACAAUCAAGGUUUUUCUUUGCUUAUUCAACCUCUUGCCUUAAUUGUCUUUGCUCAUUGGCUUCUGCUGCUUAGAAUCAGUAACCCUCCAGCGUGUGGCACAAUGAAGCUGGAUUCUAUCUGUCCAGCCUUCAGCAGCCACAGGGAUUAUCUUGAACACAUAACAUCCAUUGGCCCCAGGACCACAGGAAGUCCAGAAAAUGAAAUCGUGACGGUCCGUUACCUUUUGGAACAGAUUAAACUGAUUGAAGUUCAGAGCAGCAGCGUCCACAGGAUUUCAGUAGACGUGCAGCGGCCCACAGGCUCCUUUAGCAUUGACUUCUUGGGAGGUUUUACGAGCUACUAUGACAACAUCACCAAUGUCGUGGUGAAGCUGGAGCCCAGGGACGGAGCCCAGCACGCCGUCCUGGCGAACUGUCAUUUUGACUCCGUGGCAAACUCGCCAGGUGCCAGUGAUGAUGCGGUUAGCUGCUCAGUGAUGCUGGAAGUCCUUCGCGUCUUGUCAGCAUCUUCAGAAGCCUUACAUCAUGCUGUCAUAUUUCUUUUUAAUGGUGCUGAGGAAAAUGUCCUGCAGGCUAGUCAUGGCUUCAUAACCCAGCACCCCUGGGCCAGCCUGAUUCGCGCAUUUAUUAACCUGGAGGCCGCGGGCGUGGGAGGGAAAGAGCUUGUGUUCCAAACAGGUCCUGAAAACCCAUGGCUGGUCCGGGCAUACGUGUCCGCCGCUAAACACCCGUUUGCUUCCGUGGUGGCUCAGGAGGUGUUUCAGAGUGGAAUCAUUCCCUCAGAUACCGACUUCCGUAUCUACAGGGAUUUUGGGAACAUUCCAGGAAUUGACUUAGCUUUUAUUGAGAAUGGAUAUAUUUAUCACACCAAGUACGACACGGCGGACAGAAUUCUCACAGAUUCCAUUCAGAGAGCAGGUGACAACGUUUUAGCAGUUCUUAAAUAUCUAGCUACGUCUGAUAUGUUGCCUUCUUCCUCUAAGUAUCGACACGGAAACAUGGUCUUCUUCGACGUGCUUGGCCUGUUUGUCAUCGCCUACCCCUCUCGCGUCGGCUCGAUAAUUAACUCCGUGGUGGUGAUGGCCGUCGUGUUGUACCUGGGCAAAAAGCUGUUGCAGCCCAAACACAAAAUAGCUGGUAACUACGUGAAGGACUUCUUCUGUGCACUUGGCAUCACUCUCAUAAGCUGGUUCACGUGCCUGGUCACCGUGCUCAUCCUGGCAGUGUUCGUCUCUCUGAUCGGACAGUCCCUGUCAUGGUAUAACCACUUCUAUGUCUCCGUCUGUCUGUACGGAACUGCAGCCGUGGCCAAAAUAAUACUCAUCCAUACCCUCGCAAAAAAAUUUUAUUACGUGAACGCCGGUGACCAGUAUCUGGGAGAAGUCUUCUUCGACACCUCGCUGUGUGUGCACUGCGUUUCCCUCGUGGCUCUCACGUAUCGAGGACUCUGCUCGGCCUUUAUCAGUGCUGUCUGGGUGGCCUUUCCCUUGCUCACAAAGCUUUGUGUGCACAAAGACUUUAAGCAGCAUGGUGCCCAAGGAAAAUUUAUUGCCUUUUACCUUUUGGGGAUGUUUGUUCCCUAUCUUUACGCAUUGUACCUCAUCUGGGCGGUUUUCGAGAUGUUUACCCCCAUCCUCGGGAGGAGUGGUUCGGAAAUCCCACCUGACGUCGUGCUGGCGUCCAUUCUGGCUGGUUGUACAAUGAUCCUCUCUUCCUAUUUUAUCAGCUUCAUCUACCUUGCCAAGAGCACCAAGGGCACCAUGCUGGCGCUGACUUCGGUGUGCGCGGUCACACUCCUCCUGGUCUGCAGCGGCGCGUUUUUCCCGUACAGCUCGCACCCCGCCGGCCCCAAGCCAAAGAGGGUGUUUCUUCAGCAUGUGACUAGAACAUUUCAUGACCUGGAUGGAAGCGUAAUUAAACGGGACUCUGGAAUAUGGAUCAAUGGGUUUGACUACACGGGAAUGUCUCACAUAACACCUCAUGUUCCUGAGAUCAACGACACCAUCCGAGCUCACUGUGAGGAGGACGCGCCCCUCUGUGGUUUCCCGUGGUACCUGCCGGUGCACUUCCUCAUCAGGAAAAAUUGGUAUCUUCCUGCUCCAGAAGUUUCUCCAGGAGAUCCUGCUCAUUUCAGACUUGUGUCCAAAGAACAGACACCCUGGGAUUCUGUAAAGCUGACGUUUGAAGCCACAGGACCGAGCCACAUGUCCUUCUACGUUCGAACCCACAAAGGGUCAACACUUUCUCAGUGGUCUCUUGGCAAUGGCACCCCGGUCACAAGUAAAGGAGGGGACUACUUCGUGUUUUACUCGCACGGGCUCCAGGCCUCGGCAUGGCGGUUCUGGAUAGAAGUACAGGUCUUGGAAGAGCGGCCUGAAGGAAUGGUCACUGUGGCCAUUGCUGCCCACUACCUUUCUGGGGAAGAUAAGAAAUCCUCCCAGCUGGAUGCUCUGAGAGCGAAGUUUCCAGACUGGACAUUCCCCUCGGCCUGGGUGUGCACCUACAAUCUCUUUGUGUUCUAGUCUUCCGGAUGAGCGCUGAGUACACGCCGAGCGGGAUACCCCCGUGACAUAGUUUCCCCCGCGUGACAUGGAUGUUUGUAAGUCAGUGAUUGAGCACCUGUUCAGAGAGCUUCGUGGGCUGACACGAAGGGCCAAGCACCAUGAUGGUGAUGCUGUGGGGUUGUCACACAUGGCCUUUCUGACACUUGACGCCGGUUUCCUGGCACUGAAGCACACACAUGGGUACCACCACUACACACGUCAGUCUUCUCUAGGACCUCAAGGAUAAAAGCCAACAAACCACUUCAGUAGCCCUCCCCUUAAGAUCAUGAAAGAUGUGGAAGGUACUGUGAGCUGUUCAUGAGACAAAGGACAUUUCAACUGGAGACCAAGAUCAUGUGUUUUGUCAGAGGACGGUAGCUAAAAUCUGUUUGCUGGAGUAAUGAUCCCCCUUGAGACUGACCGUUAGGGAUUAGCAGGCAGGUUCAGCAACAGCUGGGGGAGAACCGGGGGGCUUCUGAGGCCCCCGCCUGUGCUGAGAGCUCUACUUCUUCAGGCAGCUGCUCAAAUGUGCUUGGCUUCUCUGUAGCGAAGCCCGGGCUCCCACCAUGGGAACCUCUGCUGAGCUGGGGACUCACGUCCUUCUGACAGGUGGUCCCUGAGAACUGUCGCUGUGAUGCAUUUCUGAGUUGCUUUUAAGGCUUGAUCUCUACCUUUUCCCGUCCACCUUGCCAACUGAAGUGGAGUAUUUGUUCCGCUACGUUUCCUGCGGGGCUCUUCUAGGCUCUUCUGGCUCGGGAUGUCGCGUGGCAAGCACACAGGCUUGGUUCUGUCCUCAGAGCCUGGGGCUGCCGUGGUGGCUGCUCUGGGCUGGGAAGUGAGUGGGGUGAGGAGUGGCUGGGCAUUUUAUAAAUAUUUAUUCUCUUC